AUCAUCACGCAUACAAGCAACGAGAUCCAACGGGAUCAUCAAAUCAAAUCAAACGGCGCAAAUUUGCAUACAGGCAUGACAGGUAUGCCCCAAAUAAGAAAAAAAAAAAUAUAGUACAAACAGACAAAAAAAGCCAAAUUCUCUCAAUAGAAUACACUGACAUUGUUGAGGUUAGAUCUGUAAUUGGAGGUCUCCCCAAUCAAUUGGCAAGUAUAUUAUUAUUAAUGUCCAGAGUCUGCUAAUCCCAGAAAACGCUACGGUCUGCUUUUUCUUUUCAAAGCAAAAAUGGAUGAUCUCAAGCCAAGAGCAGCAAACUCGUCUCCUCUCACCCCAUUGACCUUCUUAGAAAGGGCAGCAACUGUCUACGGUGAUUGUCCAUCUAUCAUCUAUAACAACACCACUUACACCUGGUCUCACACUCACCGUCGAUGUCUCCAGCUCGCUUCCUCUCUUUCAUCCAACGGCUUCACCCGUGGGAACGUCGUUUCUGUAAUUGCUCCCAAUAUCCCUGCCAUGUACGAGCUUCAGUUUGCUGUCCCCAUGUCUGGUGCUGUUCUCAACAACAUCAAUACUCGCCUGGACGCGCGUACCAUCUCCGUACUCCUGCGUCAUAGCGAAUCAAAGCUUGUCUUCGUGGAUUGUUUGUCACGUGAUCUCGUCCUUGAGGCUAUCUCUCUGUUCCCUCAUAACUGUCCACGUCCUACCCUCGUCCUCAUCACGGAUGAUGAUGAGGCACCAGAAUCAUCCUCACCUUCAUCGCUGACCGUUGAUUUUUGUUGUACGUACGAGAGCAUGGUGGAGAAAGGCGAUCCAGAGUUCAAGUGGGUUCAGCCUCUAAGCGAGUGGGAUCCGAUGAUUUUGAAUUACACAUCAGGUACUACCUCGUCUCCUAAAGGUGUGAUACACUGCCACCGAGGGAUUUUCAUCAUAACCAUUGAAUCUCUGAUUGAUUGGGCUGUUCCAAAACAGCCUGUCUAUUUGUGGACCCUUCCAAUAUUCCACGCUAAUGGAUGGAGCUAUCCGUGGGGCAUGGCAGCCGUUGGUGGGACCAAUAUCUGUCUUCGUAAAUUUGAUGCUGCUACGAUCUACGGUAUGAUCAAGAGACACGGUGUCACUCACAUGUGUGGUGCACCUGUGGUGCUAAACAUGCUAACAAACUCCCCCAAUAAUGAACCACUCAAGAACCCGGUUGAGAUUCUGACCGCUGGAGCCCCUCCGCCAGCUGCCGUGCUAUUCCGAACAGAGGCGUUGGGUUUUGUGGUGAGUCACGGAUAUGGGUUAACUGAAACGGCAGGACUCGUCGUGUCGUGUGCGUGGAAACGAAAGUGGAACCAGUUGCCAGCAAACGAAAGAGCCAGAUUAAAGGCAAGACAAGGAGUGAAGAUUGCUGGGUUCACAGAGAUAGACGUGGUGGAUUCGAAGACAGGAGCCAGCGUAAAGCGAGAUGGAUUGUCCCUCGGCGAAAUUGUUCUGAGAGGUGGGUGUUUGAUGUUGGGUUAUCUCAAGGACCCUGUGGGCACAUCAAAGUGUUUGAAAGAUGAUGGUUGGUUCUACACAGGUGACGUGGGGGUGAUGCACCCAGAUGGGUAUUUAGAGAUCAAAGAUCGAUCUAAAGAUGUGAUCAUUAGCGGUGGAGAGAAUAUAAGCAGUGUGGAGGUAGAGGCUGUGUUAUACACCAAUCCGGCCGUUAAUGAAGCGGCUGUGGUGGCUAGACCAGAUGAGUUCUGGGGGGAGACACCGUGCGCAUUUGUGAGCUUGAAGGAAGGGUUGAGUCAGAAACCAAGCGAGAAGGACAUAAUUGAUUUCUGUAGGGAAAAAAUGCCGCAUUAUAUGGUUCCAAAAACUGUAGUGUUUAAAGAUGAAUUACCCAAGACUUCAACUGGGAAGAUUCAGAAGUUUGUGCUGAGAGAAAUUGCGAAAUCUAUGGGGUCUUCAAGGGUGAGUCGAAUGUAGAGUUGAAUCGGUCGAGUUUAAGGCCUUUCUUGUUUUUGGUCUAAAGUCGAGUUUAAGAUAUCAGCAUGUGAAAAUUUGAGUGGGUGACAUGACAUUGUCGUAUUUGUUUACAUCUUCAAACCAAUUGUUAUCCGAUGAUGUCGUCUCAUGCAGAAGUAUGGCCUUAUUUAUUUACAGUUGGUGUGCCGUGAUGGCUCAUUUGCUCUUAUCUCUA